AUGUCGCAGCCACCAGUUGCAGCCGGUAAGCAGGCGGGUGCGCAGCCUGCAGCAGACGAGAAGCCUCGAAUUGGCCACAGCGCUAUCGAUGGGAGGAGAGGCAGUGAUCCAAAAAGUCGCACUGGUGGUGGUGGUGGUGUCGUGGUUGAUGAGGGCGAGGAAUUGCAGGGCAGGGCUAGACCCAGGGCGUGUGCUGCGGCGGGCGCGCCAACACCAAGUGCGACGAGCCAUCUCGAGCACGCAUCGACGCUGCUGGGAUUGAAUCGCCGCCAGCCGUCAUCCGCCCACGCAGUUGCUCGCGCACCCUCUGCUCCGCAGCCUCCUCGCGCAGACUCGUCCACCUCGUCGCCCCUACAGCCGCACUUGCAUCCUCAACACCUCUCCCAUCGUCAUCUCCAACAGCACCGGCACCAGCACCAUCCAUCCGCCAUCGCCGCGUCAUCGCCCGCGAUCCCGCCAUCAUCGCCAGCUGCAUCCUCAUCACCACCAGAUCCUGCAUCGCCGGCCUUCUCAGCGACGCGUCCCCAGCCGCCGCCGCCGGCCUCCCACCAUCCCCACGCGUCCUCGAAUCUGCCGCUGCGCUCCCCAUCAACCUAUCGCCAUCCGUUUUAUCCAUCGCCGUCGCACGACUCCCAACCGGGCUCUUCCUCGCUGGCCGCGCCGCCGGGAGCCCUGAGCUCCAUCAUGGCGUCGACGAACGGCUCAGGCGCCGGCACGGGAGGCUCGCUGCGGCCUCCCUCGGGCUCACCUCUGCAGGCGCCUCAAGGCGCCGGUCACCUCUCGCCGCCAGCACCAUACAAUCCCACCACCAGGGACAAGUCCUCUGGCAGCUUUUAUGAUCCUCUUACAGACACCACACGCGAGAGGAAGCCCUCAGACUCCUGGAGCAAGCCGUCACGUCCGGACCCGUACGACUAUACGGAAAGAAAGCCCGACUACGGUCGCUACCAUAACGGCUACGGCUCGCCUGUCGCCACGCACCCAAAGCCUGCGCCGACGAGCCCGGUCGCGCUUUCGCACCCACGGAACGGCGAUCCAAUCAGCCCAUCACAUAAGGCUCUUCAGCUGGGCUCCCCAACAGCAAGGCAUCGCACAACCCACGAUGCCAUCGUUGCGGCGCCUCGCCAUACGCCAGCUCCAUCUCUGCCCUCUCUCCUUAAUCCUGAGCCUGUUCCGGCUCCCGCUCCUUCCAGCACUCCGAGUCGUGCCGCCGAAUUAAUGUCGUUCUCCAACAUCCUCUCCAGCGGCCCGGACCCUGUCCCGAAGGCGAAAGCCCCGAUCAUCCCCGAGCCCAAAGACAAGCCGCCGCGGAAGAGCAAAGGGCGAGAGUCCCGAGUUAGAGACUCGGUUGGUGCUUCGUCUAGGCGAUCAUCGUCUGUGAAUCCUCCCAAGGAGCCAGGCAGCCGUGCUCAAAAGCGUCAGGCCAACGGGCAGCCGAAGCCAAAGAUGCUGUCUGCCGAUAAGGAGAAGAAGAUCCAGAACUACUUGGACUCCUUCGAUGCGACGAUGGACGACCUUGAUCUGUCUGACCUCGAGAACGAGUAUCAGAUGUACUCAAGUUCGGCCAAGAAGCGCAAGCUGAACAUUGGUAAAAAAGAGCAUGAAGACCACAUCGCGCGUCGGGCCGAGCUUUCGGCACAGUUCAACAGGAGACUGCGACCUCACAUCACUGCUGGCAAGCGCAGAUUCGACGAGCUGCAUUAUGAAGAUGCUCUGCAGGAAGUUCGGGAGCGCGAGGUCUUCGCCGAGAAGGAGCGAAAGAAGGACAUGCAGCGCAAGAGACGUCGCGAGAAGUCUAUGCAGGUCACGAUCGAGCAAAAGGAGGCCGCGCUGGCCAGAGCCCUCGCCGCCGAGGACGACGCCGAGCGAGCGAAGCACUUGCGCGAUGCCGAACGUGCCAAUAAGAAGGCGCAGCAGACCAAGCUUAUCCUACAGAAGGGUAUCAAAGGCCCGGCCCGCAACCUUGGGGGCUCAGACCUCAACUUAGAGGGCGGCAUCAUGUCAUCAUUUCAGGUGUCGGACAUGGAAACCGGCAGUGCUCGCAAGGGCAAAGGUAGAGCUGGCGCCCGGCCCAAGAAGUCUAAGCAGCAAAAGCAGGCUGAGAAGGACAGCGCCGAGGCGGCCCAGGCUGCACUUGAUGCCGGUGAAGAGCUCCCGACCCGGGAGGAAACCACCAAGAUCCGCAUCAAGCUUUCCAAGAACAAGGACAAGCUCAAGGAGAAGCGUGAGGAGGACGACGACGAAGGCACCGCCACGGAAUUGACCGUAAAGGAAAAGAAACGCAAGAAGAAGGACGACCAGCCUCCCGUAGACCCGCUGGAAAUGCGCUACCAGUCCAAGGGCUACAACCAAAUCUACGAUCAGAUCUGGCGCGACAUGGCGCGAAAGGAUGUCACAAAGACCUACAAGUUGGCGGCCGACUCGUACGCGACCAAGGCUUCGAACUUGAAGAAGACGGCUAUUCUCGCCUCCAAGGAAGCCAAGCGCUGGCAGCUGCGUACAAACAAGGGCACGAAAGACUUGCAGGCACGCGCGAAGCGAUGCAUGCGUGACAUGAUGGGCUUUUGGAAACGUAAUGAGCGCGAAGAGCGCGACUUGCGCAAGGCCGCGGAGAAACAGGAGCUCGAGAACGCCAGACGGGAGGAAGCCGACCGCGAAGCCGCCCGGCAGAAGAGAAAGCUCAAUUUCCUCAUUUCGCAAACCGAGCUCUACUCCCAUUUCAUCGGCAAGAAGAUCAAGACGGACGAGGUCGAGCGCAGUACCGACAAUCCGGAGAUCGCCGCCUCGGCUGCACCUACUGCGGAACAUGGCGCGAAGCUCAAUGUCGAAGAGCCCACUGGCCCAGUUGGCUCCAAGGUCACCGACUUCAACUCGCUCAACUUUGACGAGGCCGAUGAGGACGCACUUAAAGCAGCUGCCAUAGCUAAUGCUCAGAAUGCCAUAGCCGAAGCUCAGCAAAAGGCCCGCGCCUUUAACAAGUCGGAUGCCGACAUGGACGAGGAUGGCGAGAUGAAUUUCCAGAACCCCACUGGUCUUGGCGAUGCCACCGUCGAACAGCCCAAGCUUCUCAACUGCCAGCUCAAAGAAUACCAGCUCAAGGGUCUCAACUGGUUGGCCAACUUGUACGAGCAGGGUAUCAACGGUAUUCUCGCAGACGAAAUGGGUCUCGGCAAGACUGUCCAGUCCAUCUCUGUCAUGGCGUAUCUCGCAGAGGUCCACGACAUCUGGGGCCCAUACCUAGUUGUCGCCCCCGCAUCUACCCUCCACAACUGGCAGCAGGAAAUUGCCAAGUUCGUGCCCGAAUUCAAGGUCCUGCCAUACUGGGGUACUGCUGGCGAUCGUAAAGUUCUGCGCAAAUUCUGGGACCGCAAGCACGCCACGUACAAGAAGGACGCCCCCUUCCACGUUAUGGUCACCUCGUACCAGCUGGUUGUGUCCGACGUCGCCUACUUCCAGAAGAUGCGUUGGCAAUACAUGAUCCUUGACGAGGCUCAGGCCAUCAAGAGCUCGCAGAGUUCGAGGUGGAAGGUCCUGCUCAGCUUCCAUUGCCGAAACCGACUGCUGUUGACUGGUACCCCUAUUCAGAACAACAUGCAAGAGCUUUGGGCUCUCUUGCAUUUCAUCAUGCCGUCGCUCUUCGACUCUCAUGACGAGUUCAGCGAAUGGUUCUCGAAGGACAUUGAGUCUCAUGCGCAGAGCAACACGACUCUCAACGAAGACCAGCUCAAGCGUCUGCACAUGAUCCUCAAGCCUUUCAUGUUGCGGCGUGUCAAGAAGCACGUACAGAAGGAACUUGGUGACAAGAUCGAGCUCGACGUCUACUGCAACCUGACCUAUCGCCAGCGCGCCAUGUACAAGAAUCUGCGAAACCAGAUCAGCAUUAUGGAGCUUAUCGAGAAGGCCACCAUGGGCGACGAACAGGACUCUGGCACACUGACUAAUCUUGUCAUGCAGUUCCGAAAGGUCUGCAACCAUCCAGACUUGUUUGAGCGCGCGGAUGUCACCAGCCCGUACUACUCUGGUUACUUCGCGGAGACAGCUUCUUUUGUUCGCGAAGGCAACGAUGUGCUUGUGGGCUACUCGACACGCAAUUCGAUCGAGUACAAUGUGCCUCGCCUGGUGUGGAAUCAGGACGGACGGGUACAAAAGCCCACGCGAAGCAAUGCCAAGGCUGGUUUCAGGAACAAGUACCUCGACCACAUGAUGAACAUCUGGUCCCCCGACAAUGUGCGCGACAGCACGACCGGCAAGGACGCCUUCUCGUUCCUGCGUUUCGCCGACGCGAGCAUAGGUGAGGUCCACAAGGCCGGUCAGCAGGACGUCUUCACGCGAGCGGCCAGCCUCGCCACUAAGAACGAUCGCCUGAGCCACCUGCAAAUCGUGUACGAUGAGGAGGAGGACAAGAACUUCACCCCUGCCCAUGCAAUGUUCCAAAUCACUGCGCGCUCAAACAGAAAGCCAUUGGCGGAUAUCACCAAAGAAGGGGUUCUCGCGAAUCUGAUGAAUGUCGCUCGCAGCGAGUGGGACAACACUGGACUUGGCAGACUCGAGCAGGCUGCCAGGCCCAAAGCUGCAGCAGCACCGAUCGACAUAUCAUGCGAUGGCACGAGCGCACCCGAGAAGGAACGGCAAGAGACGCUGUUUAAUGUCCCUUUCCGCAGAGCGCUGUUUGGACCCAACACUGUCGAGGAGAAGGCGCUGGUGAACCAGAAGAUUCCGGUCGAGCGGUAUCCCUUGCCUGCUCUGUACCCGAAACCCGACAACGACAAGCGCAAGUUCACGGAUAUUGCCGUUCCCAGCAUGCAACGCUUCGUGACGGACUGUGGCAAGCUCGCGAAGCUCGACCAGCUGCUAUUCAAGCUCAAGGAGGAAGGCCAUCGUGUGCUGCUGUACUUCCAGAUGACGAGAAUGAUCGACAUGAUCGAGGAGUACCUGACAUACCGCAAUUACAAGUACUGCCGACUCGACGGCUCCACCAAGCUGGAAGACAGAAGAGACACUGUAGCCGACUUCCAGUCGCGCCCAGAGAUCUUCAUCUUCCUGCUGUCAACUCGUGCUGGUGGUCUCGGCAUCAAUCUGACAUCUGCCGACACGGUCAUCUUCUACGACAGCGAUUGGAACCCGACAAUCGACUCACAGGCCAUGGACCGUGCUCAUCGUCUCGGUCAGACACGACAGGUUACAGUGUAUCGUCUUAUCACACGCGGCACGAUCGAGGAACGUAUCCGCAAGCGUGCUAUGCAGAAGGAAGAGGUGCAGCGCGUCGUCAUCCAAGGAGGUGGUGCUCGUGGCGUCGAUUUCAGUGGUCGGCGUCCCACCGAGAACCGCAAUCGCGAGAUUGCCAUGUGGCUUGCAGACGACGAGCAAGCCGAGCUCAUUGAGCAGCGCGAGCGGGAGCUCGCCGAGCAACAAAGCAAGGCACCCGAGAAACCGACGAAGAAGAAGGCAGCCAGCAAGAAGAAGCGUGAGGCGGUCAGCUUGGACGAGAUGUACCACGAGGGCGAGGGUCAUUUUGAUGACGGCAACAAGCCAUCUGGCACCGCCACGCCCGUACCCGCCGAAGAUGAAACGGCGACCAAGGGCGGGCCCGGACCAAAGAAGCGCAAGGCUGGCAGUAAGAAGGCCAAGACCAUCAAGGAGCGCCUCAAGGUCGCGGAUGGGGACGUAUAG